UGUCAGUCUCCAGUAGUCAGAGAGCUGCUGCUGCUGCUGCUGCGGGCGGGCGCUGCUGGGAAGGGGAGUGUGCGGCUCAGGGCUGAGUGCAGCAGCCGCCCCUCUGGAUGCCUAUUUUAGUAACAUCUCCCCGCCGGCCGCUCAGCAGCUCCUCACUGACAAACUUUUCCCGGACGCCCGCUCUGCACAGCCAGGUAUUUUGAAGAUGGCCACUGAAAGCAUUAUAACCAUUAUGCUCCCAAUGAAUUCUACAACUGAUAUUCGGAACAUGACACAUGAGGAAGAGGUGUGUGACCACUGGAGAGAUAUUCACCACUUGGUGUUCCAUAUGGCAAAUGCAUGCUUUGCAUUAGGACUGGUCAUUCCAACUACUCUAGGCCUUCAUAUGAUUUUCCUUCGCGCUAUGCUGGGUCUCGGAUGUGGUUUCUUUAUAAUUUGGGCGACCCUCUUCCGAUGUGGUUUGGACAUAAUGAUAUGGAAUAUAACGUUUCUGGUUCUCAAUUUUAUGCAUUUUAUAUACCUGGUGUACAAGAAAAGACCUAUAAAAAUAGAAAAAGAGCUGAAAGGUAUCUACCAUAAAAUGUUUGAACCACUACAUGUGCCUCCUGAAUUAUUUAACAGACUCACUGGCCAGUUUUGUAAUAUUCAGACACUACAGAAGGGCCUGACAUAUGCUGUAGAAGACAAGACAUCUGUUGAUGAUCGCUUAAGUAUACUGCUGAAAGGAAAGAUGAAGGUUUCCUAUAGAGGCCAUUUUCUUCAUAACAUUUAUCCCAAUGCUUAUAUUGAUUCUCCUGAAUUCCGAUCAACUGAAAUGGACAGAGGUGAAAAAUUUCAGGUUACAAUCACAGCAGAUGAUAACUGCGUGUUUCUCUGCUGGUCUAGAGAGAGGCUAACAUAUUUCCUGGAGUCUGAGCCAUUUCUUUAUGAAAUAUUUAAAUACUUGAUUGGUAAAGACAUUACAAAUAAGUUAUACUCCUUGAAUGACCCAACAUUAAGUGACAAGAUAGCAAAGAAAAUGGACCGACAGUCUAGUCUUUGCUCUCAGCUAUCUGUCAUGCAGAUGAGGAACAGUAUGGCCAGCUCUAGUGACAGUGAGGAUGGUUUGCAUAGCUUUCUACGAGGAACAUCAACUGCCUCUUCUCUGCGUCACUCUCCUUGCCUGAGAGCUUCUGCUAAGAUGAAGCCAAUUGAAGAAGGAGUUGAAGAUGACGUCUUUGAGCCAACAUAUCAACUCGCACCUAUGAUCCAAAGGUUGCCAUAAGCACACAAAUGACCAAACUACCGAGAAGGAAAAUGUUGCCUGGAGGAGCAAAUAACCUCAAACAAUUCCUGUGUGACCAGUUUAUAAACAGAAUUUCUUUAUCUUCCAUAUAAGAUGUUUUAUUUGCAGACUGUACCAUGUUCAGAAAAUGAGAUUUGAUAAAAUUAGAUGAGUGUUUGUACCCACUUGGAAAACUUUGAAUUUCACAAAUCAAAGAAGCUUGUUUUUCAUUUUAA